ACUUUCGGGGCCCACGUGAUGGACUCAGGUUAAAAUCAAUUACUGCUGGGAACGGUAGAUUCAACGCGGAGUUGUGAUCAAACCUUUGAAUUUUUUUAAAAAAAAGGAGGUGGCGAGGCCGGCGUCGGUCGCGCGGGUGAGACUGCCAUUGACGAUCGCAGCGGCAUCAGGGCGGAGAGCAUCGGCCUGUACAUGUACGGUGCAGCCCGGUUCGGUGAAAGUGCGAACAGGAAUCGAAAACACAGAGCAGAACGGAAAAUGGCGUCUCUGAACGAGAGGUCCGUGUGGGAUGAGGUGGAGGAUGGCAUUGGUGAAGAGGUGCUUAAAAUGUCCACUGAGGAGAUUGUUCAGCGUACACGCUUGCUGGAUAGUGAGAUUAAGAUUAUGAAGAGUGAGGUGCUGAGAGUCACACAUGAGUUGCAGGCCAUGAAGGACAAAAUCAAGGAGAACAGUGAGAAAAUCAAAGUGAACAAGACCUUGCCGUACCUGGUAUCCAAUGUCAUUGAGUUACUGGAUGUUGAUCCAAAUGACCAGGAGGAGGAUGGAGCAAAUGUCGAUCUGGACUCCCAGCGGAAAGGGAAGUGUGCUGUGAUUAAAACAUCCACCCGUCAGACGUACUUCCUGCCUGUGAUUGGACUGGUCGAUGCUGAGAAGCUGAAGCCUGGUGACCUCGUGGGUGUGAACAAGGAUUCCUACCUGAUCCUGGAGACUCUGCCAACUGAGUAUGACUCUCGGGUAAAGGCCAUGGAGGUGGAUGAGCGACCGACUGAGCAAUACAGUGAUGUUGGGGGUCUGGACAAGCAGAUCCAGGAGCUUGUUGAAGCCAUUGUCCUCCCUAUGAAUCACAAGGAGAAGUUUGAGAAUCUGGGAAUCCAGCCUCCAAAGGGAGUUCUGAUGUAUGGACCACCAGGAACAGGAAAGACCUUACUGGCGAGAGCCUGUGCUGCACAGACUAAGGCUACCUUUCUGAAACUGGCAGGCCCACAGUUGGUGCAGAUGUUUAUUGGUGAUGGUGCAAAGCUUGUUCGUGAUGCUUUUGCUUUGGCCAAAGAGAAAGCUCCGUCCAUCAUCUUCAUCGAUGAACUGGAUGCCAUCGGCACAAAACGGUUUGACAGUGAAAAGGCUGGUGACCGUGAAGUUCAGCGAACAAUGUUGGAGCUGCUCAAUCAGUUGGAUGGUUUUCAGCCAAAUACCCUUGUCAAGGUGAUUGCAGCCACCAAUCGAGUCGAUAUCCUGGAUCCAGCUUUGCUGCGGUCUGGCAGACUUGAUCGGAAGAUCGAGUUUCCAAUGCCCAAUGAGGAGGCGCGAGCAAGGAUUAUGCAGAUUCACUCACGGAAGAUGAAUGUCAGUCCUGAUGUGAACUAUGAGGAGUUGGCCCGAUGUACCGAUGACUUCAAUGGAGCUCAGUGCAAGGCAGUGUGUGUGGAAGCGGGGAUGAUCGCUUUGCGCAGAGAGGCCACUGAGCUCACACAUGAAGACUAUAUGGAGGGCAUCCUGGAGGUUCAGGCCAAGAAAAAGGCCAACCUCCAAUACUAUGCCUAGGAGCCAGGCCCCUUGUUGGUACCACUCCUGUAUGAUCCCUGGAGCUGGAUUCAAUGGAGUGAUUGCUUCUACUGUGUUCAUGAAGUAGCUGAGCCAGGUGUGGGAUUGGGGACUGGCUAAUAUGUACAAGUGUCCAGAGGGGUCUUAUCAUUUUUUCCAGUUAGGGGAUGAUAGUAAUAAACCCCCAGGCAAGGUCUCCAAUACACUGUACACAAGAAACAACUUCAAACAAAAUAGCACACGCUGGUGUUCCAUGGUUUUACAUCUUUUUAAUUAUUGACCAACUGAAUGCUCAGUGUAUAUAUUACGAUCUCAAACACUCACUCCCUGAUCAGAUCAGUUUAUUCCAUCAAUCCUUGGCUAUAAACAUACAUCAAAAAUGGACAUCACAAUAUUUUACAAAUGUACUGUAAACAGAUAGUACUGCACUUGAUUUUGAUACAUCCCAGACCUGCAUGCUUCUUUCAGAAUGAUGUGACACAAUGAGCACAGUACAUUGGUGAGACAGAGGUCAGGGAAUGGUGCAAUCAUUUCACAUGAUGCUUGGGAAAAAUAGGGAGUUGAAUCAAUGACUGCGAAUCUGUGGUGGUCAUGCCAGUAAAAGCACAGGAGAGGAGAAGCUAGGAGCUCUUUAGAAGAUCAAGGCAAGGUAUUGGGUCUGAUCCCACCACAAAUGUGAAUGAAGUGAGAUUGAUGCAUUGAGUGGCCUAGUUCUUCACCUCACAGCCUUCCCUUUCACUGUCUGAACCAUGGGUCAGUGCUGUUUGGAUGGAGGGGUGGUGGUUGCAAUAGGAAUGCCCCUGAAAUGAAUCAGCGUGAAACACGUCCUCAUCACUUCUGUUAUCAAGCUCAAUCAGGGUUGUUUAUGGGAUCUAACUGAAAAAGCUGAACUCCACUCCCAGACCAUUAGUGUGAGAUACUUCAUUGUUUGGAGUUUGCUUGGUUGGUUUGAAUCAGACCAGGCACAACUCUGAACCGUCGUAAGUUAAUUUUCCUGCAUGAUUUAAUAUACAUCAAGAGGGGCAUUAGUUUAAUUCUAAAGUAACGUUUUUGAAAAUAUUUGAAAGAGCCUGUGGGUUUUAAUAUAGGCAGGAGAUAAACUCAAUCCAGUAAAUAAACCAUACCUCAACAAGAUGAUGCCCAACCACGCACCCCACCUCCCACACCCCCAAACCACUGCCGCAUUGUUCCCCUGGUGCUUACUAUUAGUCAUUCACAACCUUCUACACACCAUUUUUAUCUACUCUCACUCAUUUCCCCCAACCAAAUUUCAGCCGGUGCUGCUCCACACCGAUGGACAAGUUUGGGAAGGGCUGAUCUGCUGAUCACUGCUCCUCACUGGUGUGACUUUGGGUGCUACGGUGCCUCAGUGGUUAAGACUGGUGCCUCAGGUUCGAUUCCAGCCUCGAGUGAAUGUGUAGAGUUUGCACGUUCUCCCUGUGUCUGCAUGGGUUUCCUCCGGAUGCUCUGGUUUCCUCACAUAGUCCAAAGCCAUACUAAAUUGCCCGUAGUGUCCAGCGAUGUGUAGGCUAGGUGGAUUAGCCAUAGGAAAAAUACAGGCAUAGGGUAGGAGUCUGGAUGGGAUACUCUCCACAGGGGUGGUGUGGACUUGAUGAGCCAAACAGCCUGCUUCCACACUGUAUGGAUUCUAUGACUUAAAAUUGAGCAUUGGUAAGGAGCAGUACCUGCCAGCCCUCAGUGCCAUCACAUUUAUUCACCAGGAAUGACCACACUGACUCUAAUCUUUAAAAAUAGGGAAUCUAGCUGUGUAUUUCUACUUGGUAAAUAAAAAGGUGUAAUAGAUUUCACUGUAGAGGCUGUGAUUUCUAUAUUUAGAUUCACACUGUGAACGUCUGUUUCUUGAUCAAAUUCAUACUGUGAAAAAAGUGGCGUGUAUGGUUUUUGAUUUAUUCCUUCUGUGUCUUGGUCAGUGAACAGUGGGACAUUUAACUAGCUGAAUGUGCACAGGGUGUAUGCUUACCUAAAUUGGGCAAAGUAUAUGUGAGACAUUUCAGCUGAACUGUUCUAGCAGAUUUUGAUGAAUCAGUGUUUUCUGUUGGACAGUACUGGUCUUCUGCGUGCUCUGAUAUCUCUGAAUCUCUGCUACCUUGAAGUUGUUGGCCGUUGCCAGUGCGGUAGCUACAGUUAGAAUCAGCAACCCUUAGCGGUAUGUAAUGGUACAGAAUUAAAUACCUGGCAUACUGACUGAUAAUCAAGACAGACUGAGACUGUAACCUGGAAGACUACAGGUCUUUGUCUCUUCCUGGGAUAAUGCAUUGUAUAAACUCCACAGUCACUUGACCUGGACGCAUUGAACUAUCUCUGGUUCCACAGGGAGUGGGAAGAGAUGUUGCCCAGAAAUCUGUCUAUUGCCUUGUUUUUGUCUCUAUCAGUUACAUUAUAAAAUGCAUUUCCAAUAAUAGGAUGGAAAUAGUUGCUUGCACCAGUUUUGAAGAUUCAACCAAAAAAGGGAAGAAAUACAAGUUCAAUCGCAUUCAAAGCAAUUUACAGCAGUGACAUUCUGUACAAUUGAAAAAUGUUUAAUUGUUUUAUAAAAAUGGAUGCAGAGGCAAUACACAGCCAGUCACAGCCACUUUACAAAGUAGAGUCUAGCUGAAAAAACAGGUGCCUUUAACCUUCCCACAUUUGCUCACCUCAGCACUUUCCUUCGAAUCUGCUGCUGGUUACCUUCUGGGACGGGAGGAGACACCAUGUACUAAAGGUACAAACGAGUCUUCUGUUUGUUUUAACUCUACAAGUUGGUUGGGAUGCUGAAAUGAUAGGUAGUAUCAAAAUUGUAUAUAAUAAACUUGGGGGAGAAAAGACCUUGAUGCAUUGACAGAAAACUUUUUGCAAGAUUUUUAGCUUUUUUUCGUAAAUCGACUUCAAUGUACGAACACAGCAUUAUCACAAGUCAUUCUAUUAAAUACAUUCAACAAAA